GGUUCGAAACGGAUCACCGAAACAGCGAGGGGCUACACGACCACGUACGAUGGCGGAAGAGAAGGACGCGAGUGAGCAUGAGCUUGAGCAGCUCCAAUUCAAGGUCAUCAUCCUUGGCGAUGGCGCAGUUGGGAAAACAUCGAUUGCGAUGCGCCACACCGAAAACACAUUCUCGAAUGUCUACAAGCAAACGAUCGGCCUCGACUUUUACCUCAAGCGCCUUGCCCUCCCAGGUGACGUCCAAGUCGCUCUCCAGCUUUGGGACAUUGGUGGCCAAACCAUUGGCGGCAAGAUGCUCAAAAACUACAUUUUUGGUGCCCACGCCGUCCUCCUCGUCUACGACAUCACCAACUACGAAAGCUUCCAGAACCUUGAAGACUGGUUACGCCUCGUGCAGCGCACGUUUGGGGACUCAAAGCUGCCGUACAUUGGGCUCUGUGGCAACAAAUGCGACAUGAACCACCUGCGGACGGUCAAGGCUGCCAAGCACAAGCAGUUUGCCGAUGAAAACGACAUGAAGAGCUUCACGAUGUCGGCCAAGACCGGCGACCGAGGUACGACGGAUCAGAUGCUGUCAUGA